AUGCUACUCUCCCGGCGCGCGGGCUGGGGUCUCGACGGCUGCCACUGGGCCGGCGUCCUCUUCGACCGCCUGUUCGGUGACGCCCUCAACUUCGACAGCCUGCCGGCCACGCGGGGGCGCUAUUUCCAGCCCGCCAUCCAGUGGGUUGCCGACGAGCUCGGCUUCCUCGGCUGGCCAUUGUCAGGCCUGCUCGAGACCGACCUGAAAGCGGCCAUGCCUGCCCAGCCGAGCCAGACCCUAGACACGACGUGCAGCUUGGCCGUGCCCUCGUGCCUCCUCGGCGCUAUCCGGCCGCGCAUGGGCUCGGGUGACCGCCUCUUCGACUACGCGGCACAUACGCAGGGCCAUGGCUCGGCCUACGGCCUUGGCACCCUGCUGGGGCUGCCGGCGUCAAGAACAAGACGGGCCGGAGCGCCGUCGACCCAGGGCCGGAUCCGCCUCGUGCGCUGCGGGCUCGGCACCCACGAGGCCUGUCCCCUCUUCCAGUCCGCCCUCGUGCUGUCCAACACGGCCCAGUUGGACUGGGCGUGCGGCCAGCGCAUCAAGCGGCCGAUCGAGGUCGAUCCGCUGACGGGGCGGUGGGCGCCCCACCGCCCGCGCGCGGCGCCGCCGACGGCGCCGGCGAGGGUGGAGAUCACCAUCCUGGAUGACUCGGAGGAGGAAGACUCCGACGGCACGGCCACCGUGGUGGGCGGCUACGCCGAUGACGCAUCCUCCAUCGUCGAGCUCGGGUACUGCGCUGCGCGGGCCACGCCUCCUGCCCGCGGCGUGUGGCUCGGUGCUGCGGGCCGGCUCGCGCGCCGGCCCGGACUGCGCUCCAGUUCUCGAUAA